AAAAACUAGUCAGAUUUUUUUUAGAAUAAUUUUCACACAAGAAAAUUAUGUUUGUAAUUUUCAAGCAAAAUUAAGCAAGAAACGAUUAUUGGAAAAUAUAUAAUUAUUUAAUAAAAACAAUGUGGUUUAAUAAUUCCAAAAGAUACAACAACUAAAAGAAAACACCAUAGAAAAUACAAAAGGAAGCUGAAAAUUACAAAAAUAGCUUGAAAAACAACAACUUUAGCAAGAAAACAUGGCAGAUACUGCGACAAGUGAAGUGGUGAAUUCUUCCAACAAUGAAACACCUAUAAACAACCAUCAAAAUUCAACGGAUACGGCACCAACUAGAGAACAGGCUACCGCCUCAACGUCGCAACAAUCAACCGGCUCAAAUGCAGCAACUCCAGCAGCUGCUCCUGCUCCUUUACAACCGCCUCAGCCAGCUGAGCCGCCUUUACCACAACGACAACCGGCUGCUGUUCAAAUCGAUGUUAAUCAAAUGGCCAAUGUUAUCAGUGUCAGUUAUUUGGCUGCCAAUGGUAUAAAUAAUCAACGUAAUCGUGGCCCCGGUGUAGCCGGUGUUAAUAUAGGUGUUGGAGCUCCGGGUCAGAACAACAUUAUGAAUAUGCGUAAUCGUCUGUUUCAUGCCAUUUACUUUAAGGUGGCCUUAAUUUAUGCCCAAAUGUUUCCCAAACCGUUUCAACGCACUUUGGAGUAUUUUUUCUUAAUUAAAGCUUUGCUGUUCUUUUCGGCUUUAGUUUAUAUACACAUGUCAUUCAUUAAAAAUCCAGCUACAUGUUUGGAACAUGUACAAGAUUGGCCUCGAGAUGGUGUUUUAAGAGUUGAAGUUAUACCUAAUCUAGAUAAACGUUUGGAAAUCUAUGAAAAAAAUCAAGCACACGAAAACUUUAUGCGUAAACUUCAAUACGACUAUUUCUAUGGUAUUGGACCGAAAACUAAAAAUCAAUUGUAUCAUCAUAAAUAUGCCACAAAUGAGACUUAUACUUACUAUUUGCAACACGAGUCUACUUAUGCCGAUUACUUAAAAUAUAAACAAUUAAAUGCUGAAUAUAAUGAAAAUAAUGAUAAUGAUGAUGAUGAACAGUAUAUAGUAGAAUAUUCUUUGGAAUAUGGUCAUUUACGUUUAUCACCUGCUACACGUAAACGUUUACAAAUUCCAGUGCGUGUGGUGCAAUUGGAUCCUUUAAAUAAUAAAUGUUUUGGUGAUAAAUUUAGUAAAUUUCUAUUAAAAGAAUUGCUGGGCUAUGAUGAUUUAUUAAUGGCCUCAGUACGUGUUAUAGCGGAACAAGAAGAAAAUAAAGGUUAUUUGCGUAAUGUUAUAACCGGUGAACAUUAUCGUUUUGUUUCAACCUGGUGGACUGCAUGGAGUUCAUAUCCUACAGCAUUUUUUGUAAUGUUAUUAUUUACCUUUUCAAUUUCGAUGUUAUUAAGAUUUUCCCAUCAUCAAAUAUUUGUUUUUAUAGUGGAUCUUUUGCAAAUGUUGGAAUUUAAUGUUACUGCUCGUUUCCCUAUAGCUCCUUUGUUAAUUGUCAUUUUAGCUUUAGUGGGUAUGGAAGCUAUAAUGUCGGAAUUUUUCAAUGAUACAACCACAGCAUUUUAUAUAAUAUUAAUUGUAUGGGUGGCCGAUCAAUAUGAUGCCAUUUGUUGUCAUACCAGUAUUACGAAACGUCAUUGGUUAAGAUUCUUCUAUUUAUAUCAUUUUGCAUUUUAUGCCUAUCACUAUCGUUUUAGUGGUCAAAAUCGUAGUUUGGCCUUGGUUUCAUCGUGGCUGUUCAUACAGGUAAUUCAAAAUUUAUACUUUAGAAUAGACUAUUUGGGUUCCAUACAAAUAAAUCCCGAAAAUUUGGCACGUGUUUCACCAACCACACCAACAUCUACGACAGCAGCAACAGGUGCAGCCAACACCACUAAUACAGAAAGUACUAGAGAAUCGGUUACACCAACAGCAACAAUAACAACAACUACUAGUUCAACAAAUGCAACCAUGGCUGGUUUAGAUAGUUCAACAGCAUCCGUUUCUAGCAUUAUUUUAAAUUCAUCAGAUGUCGAAACAAAUCAGAGGGAUGAAUAUCAAAAUCCAACUUCCGCAACAACAACAACAGCAACAGCAACACAAAAAGAAGCUGCAGCAGAAACGGAAACACUUGAAAACACUCAAACGGAAAAUAACAAGGGUAUUCAACAGAAGCUACAGCAGCAGCAGCAGCAGCAACAACAAACAAUUCAUAAUGAUACUAUGAAGAAUAAACAGGCUGUUCAUAGCUUACAUGAGCAGGAGUCAGCUGCUGUAGGCAAACAUGAUAAUGAUAAUCUAGUGGGUGUUAAUUGGCCCUUAAAAACCAUGGAAACUUUAAAACAUAAUGCUGUUGAAACGAAUUUUGUUAAUACACAUAAUAAUACAAACAAACUUAAAGACAAUGAUAAAGACAUUGUAAAUAAGCUAAAAGAGCAGCAUCAGCAGCUGGAAUUGAAUAUUAAAGCUGAAAAUGAACAACAACUACAUACAACUACAUGUAGCAGGAAAUUUAUGGACAAAGAUUUAAAUUGUCUGGAAAAAGAAAAGACAAUUGCAAGUAAUGAUGAAAAUAUCGAAGAAAAGACGACUCUGACACCAACAGCAAAUGCAACUAAAAAUGCAAAAAUUACCGAAGACAAAGGUGGAGCAGAAGGGAACGUAGCAGUAAAAGCCAUUGACCACAAUAUGCGGUCAGCAAAAGAAGAAAAUUUAACAAAUUCAACGACUAUAAAAAAAGAAACAAUACAAAUUGAUAUGAAAUCAGAAAUGAUUGAUGAAGAAACAAUAAACAAACCAACAGUCACAGCAUUAUCAUCAACAACAACAGCUGCAGCAGCAGCAGCAGAAGUUGAAAGAACAAAGCCAGCAGCAACAUCGACAUUAUAUGAGGACGUUAAUGCUGACACAGCAGUUGCCACCAUAGAUGAUGUUAAUCAUACAAAUAGCAGCAGCAGUAGCAACAUUAGCUCUAGCAACCAUAGUAGUCAAAUAACAAGAAGUCUGAAUAUGGAAAUUAGUAGUGUUGAACAUUCUACUAUUACUUCUGCAACAACGUUAUCAAACAUCACCCCGGACAACCAUAAUCAGUCACAGAAUUUAACGGCAAAUGCAUCAUCAACAGCAUCAACAUCGUCCUCAACAUCAAUAACAAAUAUGAUGACUUCUGAUGACCAGUCCUCCUCUACCAACACAUAAAUCGUAUGUGUUUUCAUUUUUGCCUCUUCGCUCCCUUCGAAAUUGUGUAAUAUUUUUUUUGUUGUUUUUAUUUUUAAACAAUAUUGUUUGGUGUAUGUGUAUGCUACUGGAACGGAUUCUAUCACAUACGAUCUCCUUUUAUUAUAAAACGAUUCUAAAAGCCAGCAUACUUAAAGCCAGCCUACACUAUAAAUGCACUACAAAACGUUAACCCCCGUUGACAACCCUGUUGCUGUCCUUUUACCCCGUUUUUUUAUUAUUUCUGAAUAUUUGGUAAUAAAGAAAACAAAAUCUAAAAUUAUUAAAACACAGUGUUUCGCAAAAAAGUAAUGAAAAAAUAAUAUAUAAAUCUAAAAAUGUA